GAAAACCACGGGACUUUUUAGGCUAAUGUCCAAGCCCUCUCUUUCUCAUUAGGACUCUCCUCACCAUUACAUAGUACAAUUUGAGCUCCCAUUAAUGGAGUAUUGUAAGCUAGCUAGAGAGAAGGGAGAAGAAUAAGCUAAGGAAAAGGAGAUCCCUAAUAUGGAGGGAGACUCCCUUAUUUAUAGAGAAUAGGGGAAGGGGAUGCUCUCCACCCUAAUGGGCCGCAUGGGCCGGAGUGGGCCCAAAUGGCUAAAGUGGGCCGGAUGGGCCGAAAUGGGCCUAGCUGCUCGGGCUCCGUAGUGAGUAAUGUCUUGGGCUCCUAAACAGUAAUAGGCCGGGAUAAUAUAUCCCAACACAAGUCCCCCAGUUUCUUGAGUAGUGAGCUCGCGAAUCUGCUCGAGAAAAUAUACUCUGCCUGCGCCCUUCCUCUGUCUUGCUGGAAACUGUGUCUUCACAUAAUCAUCAUAUAUGAGUGAGUUUCUGCACUCCUGAACGUGAUCUACCAGUGAGGCACCCCCCCUUCCCGACAGGGUCGGGCGAAGGGUGCUCCUCCACGGGCACACUCCGCCUGAAUGCAUCAGGCGGGAGUAAAGCACUCUGACUCGAGCUUUCCAAUCGGAGAAGCUUAGAGGUCCAUGCAUCUAUAAACCGACGUCGCGGUACUGUCAAAACAUGAUGCACGUGUGUAUGUAUGAAUGUAUGAGGUAUGAUGCAUGAAUGCAUGGAUGCAUGUAAUGUAUGGGUGCAAUGUAUGAAAGAAGGAAUGUGAGGUGUGAUAGAAAGCGAUGGCUCUCAUCGAUAAACCGGGCAUGUCAGCGCCGAGAAGCAGACGUGCUGCAUAAGACGGGUCCCCCAUCCAAGAUGGCAUGGGCGGAGCCAAAGGUGGACUAGCCAUGAUGCCGCAGAGGGGCCACUCAUGCUGCAUAAGACGGGUCCCCCAUCCGAGAUGGCAUGGGCGGAGCCGGAGGUGGACUGGACAUGAUGCCGCCGAGGGGCCAAUCGAGCUGUAUAAGAGAUGUUCGUCGCCAUCCUGAAAGGGAUGGGCGACCCUAACGUGAGCCAGACACGAUGGCGCUGGGGCGCUGAUCGUGUUGCAUAAGAGACGCUCGUCGCCACCCUGGAAGGGAUGGGCGACCCUAACGUGAAAGAGACACGAUGGCGCUGAGAAGCCGAUCGUGCUGCAUAAGACGGUCGUCGCCAUCCUGGAGGGAAUGGGCGAGCCGAACCGUGAAGCCAGGUACGAUGGCGCUGAGGGGCCGAUCGCACUGCAUAAGACGUUCGUCGCCAUCCUGGAGGGAAUGGGCGAGCCGAACCGUGAAGCCAGGUACGAUGGCGCUGAGGGGCCGAUCGCACUGCAUAAGACGUCCGUCGCCAUCCUGGAGGGAAUGGGGCGAUCCGAACGUGAAAGAGACACGAUGGCGCUGAGAAGCCGAUCGUGAUGCAUAAGACGUUCGUCGCCACCCUGGAAGGGAAUGGGGCGAUCCGAACGUGAAAGAGACACGAUGGCGCUGAGAAGCUGAUCGUGCUGCAUAAGACGGUCGUUGCCAUCCUGGAGGGAAUGGGCAAGUCGAACCGUGAAGCCAAGUACGAUGGCGCUGAGGGGCCGAUCGCACUGCAUAAGACGUUCGUCGCCAUCCUGGAGGGAAUGGGGCGAUCUGAACGUGAAAGAGACACGAUGGCGCUGAGAAGCCGAUCGUGCCGCAUAAGACGGUCGUCGCCAUCCUGGAGGGAAUGGGGGAGCCGAACCGUGAAGCCAGGUACGAUGGCGCUGAGGGGCCGAUCGCACUGCAUAAGACGUCCGUCGCCAUCCUGGAGGGAAUGGGGCGAUCCGAACGUGAAAGAGACACGAUGGCGCUGAGAAGCCGAUCGUGAUGCAUAAGACGUUCGUCGCCACCCUGGAAGGGAAUGGGGCGAUCCGAACGUGAAAGAGACACGAUGGCGCUGAGAAGCUGAUCGUGCUGCAUAAGACGGUCGUUGCCAUCCUGGAGGGAAUGGGCAAGUCGAACCGUGAAGCCAAGUACGAUGGCGCUGAGGGGCCGAUCGCACUGCAUAAGACGUUCGUCGCCAUCCUGGAGGGAAUGGGGCGAUCCGAACGUGAAAGAGACACGAUGGCGCUGAGAAGCCGAUCGUGCUGCAUAAGACGGUCGUCGCCAUCCUGGAGGGAAUGGGCGAGUCGAACCGUGAAUCUGGACACGAUGGCACUGAGGGGCCCAUCGUGAUGCAUAAGACGUUCGUCGCCACCCUGGAAGGGAUGGACGAGCUGAACGUGAGCCAGACACGAUGGCGCUGGGGCGCUGAUCGUGCUGCAUAAGAGAUGUUCGUCGCCAUUCUGGAAGGGAUGGGCGAGCCGAACAUGAGCCGGGUACGAUGGCGCCGAGGGGGCCGAUCGUACUGCAUAAGACGGUCGUCGCCAUCCUGGAGGGAAUGGGCGAGCCGAACCGUGAAUCCGGACACGAUGGCGCUGGGGGGGCCGAUCAUGAUGCAUAAGACGUUCAUCGCCACCCUGGAAGGGAUGGACGAGCUGAACGUGAGCCGGGUACGAUGGCGCUAAGGGGCCGAUCGUACUGCAUAAGACGGUCGUCGCCAUCCUGGAAGGGAAUGGGCGAGCCGAACCGUGAGUCUGGACACGAUGGCGCUGAGGGGCCGACCGUGAUACAGAAAAAUAGUGAUGAUCAUCUCAUGGCCCUCGGCCUGUCGGUGAGUGGUAAUCGUCCUACGGCCCUCGGCCGUGCUGGUGAUGUGUCAAGUCUCUCUCCUGAUUGGCUGUGAGAAGCCGAUCGUCUGCCAGGACUCCAUCCGGGAAGGAAUGGUGAGCCUGAAAUAAAUCUGGGCGAUGUCCCUUCUACCUGAUCUGGGGAGCUAAUCGUCGUUCGAGGCAAAAGAAAACCUGAUGUUAGCCGAUCGUCGUCGGCCACUUCAUUCUUCGUACUUAAGUCUUGUAAUUAUUCUUUACAUAUGUUUUUCAGUUUGUACUUCACAGCCAAUAGUGCCAAGGGAUAAAAUCAUUCUUUGCUCCGUGCUCUUCUGGCAUCUUUUUUUUUUUUUUGGAGUCUUUUAGUCUUCGUUCGUCAUUGGUCCUUGGUCCUACCGGCGUUCUUACAUCGAAGAUACGUUCGGUAUCCGCGGACAUCGCAAUGAGGAACAGGUAUAUCUACAUCGAGAUUCCCCCUUUUUCGUUCGUCCCUGGUCCUUUUAGUCUUACCGGCGUCUCUUGCAUCGAAGAAGACGUUCGGUACCCAAGGAACUCGCAGGGACGAACUGGUUUACCCUCACGGGUUCCCGUCUUUGUUAUCCCACGUCCAUCGAUCCAUGGUCAUUGUGGGAUGAACAGGUUUAUCUUGGCAAGGCUCCCUUGGUUCGUCUAGCCCCCUCCGCGUCUCUACUAACCUCUACAUCGAGAGGCGUUCGUCUUCGGCGGUGGGAGAAGAUCUGGCACACCCGGACAAGAUUCCCUUCCACAUAGGAGCUACCCUCCUCUUCUCCCCAUCUUUUUUUUUUUUUUUUUUUGAGGGAGGCAAUCUAUAUUCUUCGUUCGUCCUUGGUUCUUGGUCCUACCGGCGCUCUUGCUUCGAAGAGACGUUCGGUAUCCGCGAAACUCGCAAGGAGGAACAGGUUUAUCUACAUCGAGAUUCCCUAGCUCUUCUCAGUCCGUCCCUGGUCUGUGGUCCUACCGAUCUUCCUACAUCGAAGAAGACGUUCGGUAUCCAAGACUCGCAGGGAUCCAGGAUAUCACACAUAAUGGUGGUGGCAUAGCGAACGAAUAUAAUGACGAGGCGAUAGAAUAGCUGGUCGUCAUGCGAAGGCGAUGGUCACCCUCCUGGAGGGGAGUCGUGAGCCCGAUCGCAAACUCAAGAGGGUCGGCAUUGAGAGCCGACAAACAAUGAUCAUAAUGUCGCUGAGCAGUCGGUCCUGAUGAGGAGAUGACAACAGUGUCCGGUCAGGCCGAUAUAUCCGUGCAACGGCUCUCAUCCAACGCAUCGCGGGGAUGGAACCGGUCUUCAAAAGUUAAGUAUGUCGUGCCGAGAGGCCGAACAUGAUGUGAUAGUGUCGGCAAUGAGGGGCCGACCUGAAAGAAUCAAGCAGCGGCCCUCAUCCGCGAGGAGCGGGGAUGAGGCCGGUCUUCAAAAGAUGAACACGCCGAGCCGAGGGGCCGGUCGUGGUAUGAUAAUGUCGGCAAUGAGAUGCCGAUCAAGAUAUGGUCAAGCAACGGUCCUCGUCCGCGAGGUGGCGGGGACGAGGCCGGUCUUCGAAUAUGAUAAUCACGCCGGUCCGAGAGGCCGGUCGUGAUAUAAUGCUGUCGGCGAUGAGAGGCCGACCUGAAAGAAAUCCAGCAACAGUCUACGUCCGCGCAGCGCGGGGACGAGGCCGGUCUUCAAAAGAUGAUAAUCACGCCGUGCCGAGAGGCCGAACAUGAUAUGACAGUGUCGGCAAUGAGAGGCCGAUCUGAAAGAGUCAAGCAACGGCCCUCGUCCGCGAGGUGAGGGACGAGGCCGGUCUUCAAAUAUGAUAAUCAUGUCGGGCCGAGAGGCCGAACAUAACAUAAUAGUGUCGGCCGUGAGAGGCCGACCUGAAAGAAUCAAACAACGGUCAUCGUCCGCGAGGUGGCGGGGACGAGGCCGGUCUUCAAAAGAUAAGCACGCCGAGCCGAGAGGCCGGUCGUGGUAUGACAGUGUCGGCAAUGAGAGGCCGAUCUGAGAAAAUCAAGCAACGGUCCUUGUCCGCGAGGGCGGGGACGAGGCCGGUCUUCAAAAGAUAAGAACGCCGAGCCGAGAGGCCGGUCGUGGUAUAAUGGUGUCGGCAAUGAGAGGCCGACCGGAAAGAAUCAAGCAACGGCUCUCAUCCGCGAGGAGCGGGGACGAGGCCGGUCUUCAAGUAUGGAACAAACGUCGUGCCGAGAGGCCGGUCGUGAUAUCAUGAUGUCGGCAGUGAGAGGCCGACCUGAAAUCCAGCAACGGUCCUCAUCCGCGCAGUGCGGGGACGAGGCCGGUCUUCUAAAGAUAAGCAUGCCGCGCCGAGAGGCCGGUCAUGCUGUGAUGAUGUCGGUAAUAUGAAGCCGAUCUGAGCAUCAAGCAACGGUCCUCAUCCGCGCAUCGCGGGGACGAGGCCGGUCUUCAAACAUGAACAUGCCGCGCCGAGAGGCCGAUCAUGGUAUGAUGGUGUCAGACGGCCCUCGGCCGUGACGAUCUCCUCUAGGCCCUCGGCCUCGGAAUGAUGGGUGACCGUCUCACGAUUCUCCGUCGUGGUAGUCCCCUCUAGACCCUCGGCUACAAGGUGUUCUUUCCUAGGCCAUCGGUCUCUGGGGUGGAGAUGCUCGUCUCACGGUCCUCAGCCGUGAUGGUCUCCUCUUUAGCUGGUCCUGAACGUCUACAAGACUCGGGCCGAGCGUCUUUUAAUCAUUUCGCUCGAGCGCGUCGAGCGGCUUCAGCUGCGCAAUAAGCAUGGUAACGGGCCGCACGGCCCGACAAUAUGUAUACACACAUAACCAUCUGCAUGGCUUUCUAUUUAACAUCCACGAUUACCGGCCUAUGGGUUCUCGUGACCCUCAGCCCGACUCAUCGUGCGGGGUUAUUGGACGUGGCAGCUCGCGGCGGGGCCAAUUAGCAGCCCGCCGAACGUCACAUCGAGAUAUUCAUCGGUCUGUGAGUUUUCAAACUCAGACCCAAGUUGGUCGCACUGCCCUCGGAAAAAACGAGGUUGAGUGCUUUGGUGCCCUCGAGCCCCACGACCGCGUUUGGCAACAGUCACUUUGCGCCUAGCGGCGCAGAUGGUACUAGGGUACGAUCGUCGCUCGGGCACUUGGUGCCGUGCGGACUAAUGCGUAACCCCCAAAUUAAAACGCGUCGUCGGGGCAUCGCCCUUCUGGAGACGCUCGGACUACUUAAUCAAGCUGAUCGAGAGUGGGCCAACAGGCCCACAAGAAAUUAAAUAUUCAAUAAAAUGUUGGCUGAACCAACCAUCACUAGAGCUUCACUCCACGUUAUUUAUUUCGGGACAUUUUUAUCCCUAACAAAUAAUGGUGAUGUACGGGUAGCAACAAUGAUAUUAUCCUAUCAAAGGUCAUUCAGGUAUGCUCCGUUCGCUAAUUAAAGCCAAUCGGGGGUGGGCCAACAGGCCCACAACAACCAAUCAUUAAAUUUAAAUGAUGGUGAAAUGAAUUAUCACUAGAGCAUCGCUCGCAUUAUUUAAUUUUGGGAAAAAUUACUCCCUUUUAAAUAAUGGUGAUAAAAACUAAUUAACUAAUAAUAAUAUUAGUAUCUCUAACUAUUAAAUAUUAAUAAUUACGUGCAUCAAUUUAAAAGAUGGGCACUUAGCUUCUUGAGGAGUAGGUUCGGACUUGGUCAAAAUUCCCUGGUCAAAAUUGUGCUACAAGGAAGGUGGCACGCAGACGUGGUUUGCUUAGUACCAAGGCAAUAUGAAUGGUGCUCCGUAUUUUGGGAAGAAUAACGUGGACAUCGGCUCAUUGACCCCAAGGCCAGACCGUCCGCGUCGGCUACUCAUCGAGGGCGGCACGACGGUUGCAGCGGAGCAAGGCCGGCCAGAGGGUGAGCUUUUCGGUGGGAGGUCGGUUGAGCUUCUGAUGUAUCCUCCCAGAGCUCCGGACUGCCAUUAAUGGUGGAAACUCAAAGAUUCUCCGCCAACAAAUCCUCCAAGCAGUGGCCGGUGAGUGUCGGAGCGACCAGGAGCCGUUGACCGCCGGCGAUGACCGACGGUGCUGCGUUCUAGUUGUAGGAGAACAUCUCCGACUGAUGAACAGCACUGCUGCGCUGGAGGUCUCCCAGGACCGAGGUGACGAGACCUUGGAGGUUACCGCGGCCUUCGACUGGUGCGGCUAGACCCACCAGGGAUUUCCUGGCGGCGGAGACGGUGGCUCCGGCGACCGCGGACCAGAUCUGGAAGCAAACCCGAUUUGAACCUCCAGAUUCCAUAACUCCUUUUUCUCUUUUUUCCUGCUUCUUUCAUCCCCUUCCAGAAUCUUUAUUCUUUACUGAGAAUCGGUCCAUUUUUCGAAUGAAUUUUGCUGUAGAAACUGAAGCAACGUGAAUCUUUUUGGACAGAUUCCCACAGACGGCGCCAGUGUUGAGUUUAAUCCAACACGAUAUAGUAAAUAUAUGUAUAAAUGUGUAUGAACAAGCUAUUUUUACGUGGAAACCCGAAAGGGAGAAAACCACGGGACUUUUUAGGCUAAUGUCCAAGCCCUCUCUUUCUCAUUAGGACUCUCCUCACCAUUACAUAGUACAAUUUGAGCUCCCAUUAAUGGAGUAUUGUAAGCUAGCUAGAGAGAAGGGAGAAGAAUAAGCUAAGGAAAAGGAGAUCCCUAAUAUGGAGGGAGACUCCCUUAUUUAUAGAGAAUAGGGGAAGGGGAUGCUCUCCACCCUAAUGGGCCGCAUGGGCCGGAGUGGGCCCAAAUGGCUAAAGUGGGCCGGAUGGGCCGAAAUGGGCCUAGCUGCUCGGGCUCCGUAGUGAGUAAUGUCUUGGGCUCCUAAACAGUAAUAGGUCGGGAUAAUAUAUCCCAACAUGUCUCAUUCCUGUCAUGACGUCCUGACCCGGACAACCGUGUGGAGAACACCAUCAUAUUUUCUUUCUGGUGGAAUUUGUUGAUGAAUUUUUUUGAGAAUGUUCCUCAUCAAGUCUAGUUUAUUUAUACCAAAUUUCAGCUUAAAAUUCUAUCGUGUUAAAAAAAUUCUUAAAACAUACUGCGUUUUAUAUAUGUAUAAAAUGUGUUGUAAGAGAAGAGCCGCCACUUGGAGUGACAACUUUUGUACUGUAAGAGAAGAACCGCCACUUUAAGUGGCGACUUUUCUUAACUACAAUUAAAUCAGCAGUAUUUUGGGAAUUACUUUUAACCCAACAGUAUUUUGAGAUUUGUUUAUUUAAUUAGCAUUAUUUUAGGAAAAAACUCAUAAUUUUUUAGUUGUAAUAAGUAACAAGAUUCGUAAUAUUUCAAAUCUGUUAUAUUUUAUUGAAUAUUCAAUCAUACGAAGUUCUAUUGGAUAAUAUCAAACCUCUCGAAGGCAUACAUAGUAUUGUUUGUAACAAUUUAUGUACUUGUAAUAAUAUGGUACGAAGUAUAACCCGAGUACGAUUGUGAAAGGUCAUAUGACAAAAUUGUAACGUACGGAGGAGUACUUCAAAUUUCGGAAUUUUUCUUGAUACAAAAUUCUCCCUAAAGAAUAGAAAAUUCUUUCUUGUUUUGAUUCCUCGUUGCCUUAAAACCCUUUUGGUUGAUCCGUCCGUCCUUGUAUCGAAUUUUCCGAAGUCUGCGUCCCAAGUCAACUCCUUCUCAAAGGAACGCAUUCUUCCUACGGUUGUUUUAUCUGUGAAACUUGUUCUGUGGAGGUGGAGUCUUUACUGCAGUAAAAAAAUUCAAGGACAGGGAUACAUCAUGGGUGCCGCCUGUUGUUGUUUCAAACUCUCGGAUGAUGUUACCUCAAAUUCUCCGAAUGAUUUCUUGUGUUUAAAUUUUCGGUUACAAGAUUUAAUAUAUCAGUAUGAAGCUUUAUUUGGUGGAGGGGAACCCCAAGUCCGCAAUAACAGUAAUAAUUAUCAGGAUGUGGCCUUGGCAGAUCCGGAGGAUACAAUUUCACAAAACAAUGCCAGUUUAAGAGGUCCACAGGCAUACCAAGAAAUUGAAAUCAGGAAAUUAGAGAGAGGCUCAAGCCAUUCACAGACAGGAAAUAUUUCUAAUGCUGAUUUUGAACUACUUGGGAAGCUUACGAGUAAAAGCAAACAGGUUGUUUUGGAUUGUGAUAAGGACUUUUGCGCCCCUAAGGCUUGCCUCUCGUUUUUAGAAGUUGAGCCAGGAUAUCCAAUUCCAUUGUCAGAAGAAGAGGAUGUCUGCCCUACUUGCCUUGAAGAUUAUACUAUUGACAACCCCAAAAUAAUCACCAAGUGCUCCCACCAUUACCACCUUAGCUGCAUCUUUGAGUGGCAGGAAAGGAGUGAAACAUGUCCUAUUUGUGGUGUGGUGUUAGAAUUUGAGGAGAUUUCCUGUUGAAUGCCUUGUCCACAUGCUGGAGAACGAUGUGAAUAUGCUUGAAACAUGAUAUUUAAGAGAUUUCCUGUGAAUUUGAUGGAAGCCCUUCUCAAGUGGGAGAAACAUGUACAUGAUUUAAACAAACCGAUGUGUUUAUAACUGGUGGUUUUUUCUUUUACAAUUGACCAAUAUAUAUAAAACGAAACUGAUUAGUUUCUCUUAACUGUAACUUCACCAGUGACCGUAAAAAGUAUAAAAAGUUGACGUGCAAAGUUCAG